GAAAGAGUUGAGAGAAUAUAAUGAAGAGGAAGACUGACAGAAAGAGAAGAUGGCUGAUAAGUGUCACUUGUGUCUGCUGGGACUGAUCUUUCUCUCUUCACUUCUCACAGGUCUCAGUGGAGUGGAUGAUGCUCAUGUGUUCAUCAGUUCUGGUGAAGAUGUCCGUCUGCCCUGUAAUAAUGAUCUUCCUGACUGUAAAUCAACUACAUGGACCUAUAACAGAUUCAGUUAUUCAGCAACAGUUGAACUGAUUAAUUCAGGGAGAAAGAAGACAGACACAGAGAGACAUGAGAGACUGAGUCUGGAGUCUGACUGCUCUCUGAACAUCAAGAGCGUCACAAAAGAAGAUUGUGGAUCUUACACCUGCAGACAAUAUGAGAAUGGACAACAACUGGGAACUGAUGCUCGUGUUUUUCUGCAUGUUCUUCAUGUCUCUUCAUCACCGUCACAGACUGAGAUCAGUGCAGGUCACUCUCUGACUCUCUUCUGUCAGUUGUAUUCAUAUUCAUCAUAUCAUAAAGUCUCUUGUGAUGAUUUGAUCCAUUCUGAGGGAAUUGAUCUGUUCUGGGUGAAUCAGGCUGGUGUUAAACUGACAAACUCAGACUCCAGAUAUCAGAUAUCAUUCUCAUCAGAUCACUGUUACAUCUCUCUGAAGACAACAAUCCUGAAUGAAGAUGAAAACAGAGAGUGGAGAUGUGAAGUUACUCAGAGAGAUCAACUCAAGACCUCAGUCUCAUACACUGUCAAGAUCUCAGCUCGAGCUGAUUCAACAACAGCAGAGACUUCUACACCAGAAAAUCAGAAACCAUUAAACACCCCAAACUUUGAGAGGACUGCAGCUGCACACCCAUCUGGAUUUACUGAUCAACAGGUUGUAACUUCAACUACAGAAACAACACUGAAUCCAGACAUCGCACCAAUCUUUCAGAAUCAGGUGAUUGUGAUUGUGAUUGUUGUCGGUGUUUCGGCCGCUCUUCUUCUUCCUGCUCUGAUUCUUUGGCUGAUUCGUAAAAAAAGAGCCGAUGUCAGAAGAAAGACUGAUGACUCUGUGGAGCAGACAGAUGAUGUGACUUAUACUGAAGUUACUGCGUGCAGUAAAAACAGAGCCAAGAAGAACAAGGUUCGCUGUGAUGAUAAAGUGACUUACGCUUCCAUCAGAGGAACAAAAGCUGGAGCUCAGGAAAACUGCAGUCAACUUUAUGCCUCUGUGAACAAGAACCAUCACAAAUCAGACACAUAAUUAUACAGAAACCACACGAGCAGAGGAAUAUUAACCGUGACUCCUGAUGAUUUCAUUCAGUGCCAUUAUAAUAAUAUCACAUGUUGAGAAACCAGCUCUGAUUUAUUAGUAGUUAUUGCUGAUUCUGGUCAGAUUAUUUUAUUAUUAGGGAUCCGGAGAGCACCAGUGAUCCAGAUUUAGUCAUAUGAAAGUCUAUAUCUAGAUGAAUGUAAUCCAAUCCAAUUUUGCUUUGAAAAACCAGCAGAAAAUUAGAUGAUUACUGUUGAUCCAAAAUCAGUCUUGUCCCCUUAUAAUUCAAUCACAGGGCCGAAUACCAGUUGCCUUGUCAAAAAUCUUUAUUGACAUAUGUAUCAGGCAUAGGAGAGAAACUUGUAUCAGACAGAGGAGAGAAACUUGUUGUCUUUGCCAGCUGUGUGUUCUUUCUCCGUUGCUCCGUUUCUCCGUUUCUCAGUUCUCAGUUUCUCAGUUUCUCUGUUUCUCUGUUUCUCUGUUUCUCUAAAGCUUUAACAGUGACCAUAGCUUAAAUACCACUGACCAAGUUCCUUACAAGGUACAGAAACAUGUUGGUUUGUUUAAAAUAUAAUGUAUACUUCAUGCUAACAUCAGUUGGUAUAUUUAUACAUACAUACAUUGGUGGAAAGAAGAAGCCACCCUAUGCAUCAGUGGAACAUGUUACAUACACAUUUCUGGUAUGGUUAAAAUUAGUUCAUCUCCCUUUUUCAUAUUAAUGAUUUGUACUCUUUUAUUUGCACUGUGAUUUGCGUUUCGUGUAGCUCAGUUGGUAGAUUAUUGCG